CGUCCAUUUUCUUCCGGCAUUUCGACGGGUGAGGUUGGACGCGUCCUCAGUCCUUGGAAAAAAAUGAGCGAAUAUGUCGAAAAUGCUGAAUCGAACAUGGGCCACGUGGCGAAGCGUCUCACGCCGGAGGAAAUCGAUCGAAUGCGGGCGCAGGAUUCUCGCUUGGUGACCAAAUUUCGCGCGAAUCAACUCGAGAGGGACGCAAAAAAGCACUGGGAUUUGUUUUACAAGCGGAACGAUACCAGAUUUUUCAAAGAUAGACACUGGACCACGCGGGAAUUCGAGGAGUUGCUUGGUUUGGGCGGCAACGGGAAUCAAAAUGUCCUCCUCGAGGUGGGCUGCGGGGUCGGCAAUUUCGUUUAUCCAUUGAUAGAGGACGGAUUGAAAUUUCGGAGGAUAUUUGCGUGCGAUUUAUCCACGAGGGCGAUCGAGUUGCUCAAGAGUCAUACGUUAUUCGACCCGGGAACAAUGAAAGCUUUUCAAGCGGAUGUUACGUUAGGAAAUUGUUUCACUGAAAUUGAUUGUCCAGUUGAUGUUGCAACUCUAAUCUUUGUAUUAUCAGCCGUUCAUCCUGAUAAAUUUCACAAAGUUGUCCAAAAUAUAUACAACGUUCUUGGUAGUGGAGGAAUCUUACUCUUCAGAGAUUACGGAUUAUACGAUAUGGCACAAUUACGUUUUAAACCUGGGCACAAAAUCAGUGAGAAUCUCUAUAUGCGGCAAGAUGGUACUAGGAGUUAUUAUUUUUCUGUAGAACAAGUAGCAUAUCUAUUUGAAUCUGUUGGUUUUCAAACGUUGGAUUGUGGUUACGUACAGAGACGUACAGUAAAUUUAAAGGAAAAUAUUGAUGUUCCGAGAAUAUUUGUUCAAGCAAAAUUCAAAAAAUCUUGAAUACGUAUUAUAAUAAUAAAGUGGUACUGUAAUUUGAUAGCGCUUAUGGCAAACUAUGACAAAAAUUUUAAUUCUCAAAUGGAAACAUGGAAGUGACGUAGUGGAACACUUAGAUGUCUCAGAUAAGUUGAGAAAAAGGAAUAUUUUUU